UUGGUCCCUCACGUACGUUGACGCAGGAGGGAAGGCAGUCGGACAUGCGCGCGGUGCAUUGUGGGACAAGGGAGAGGUGGGGACAUCCUUAGAGCCAUGGACAGCGGCAAGGAUGCGCCAGGCAAAGCCAGCCGGUGGUUCAGCGUCACCAUGCCCAAAUCGGUGAAGACCAACGUGAACAUUCUCCACCAGGAGAAGCUGAUUGCCCAGAAGAAGCGAGAGAUCGAGGCCAAGAUGGAGCGGCAGGCCAAGCGGAACCACCUGGCCGGCCAGGAGGCCUCCCAAGCUAGCGACGACGACAGUGGUGACGGCGAAAGUUCUGUUUCUAACAAAUUUGCCAACGACGGGAGUUUUCUCCAGCAGUUCCUCAAGCUCCAGAAGGAGAAAAUGGGAAGUGGUGCUUCCUCCAGCGCUGGCGAGGCUUCCGCAGCGAACCCCCCAGCCGCCAACGCCGGGAAGAAGCCCCCCCUGACGGGGAAGCGCCCCAACCUGAGCGUCACCAGCAUGUUCAACCAAGUCAAGAACUACACCCAUUCCAAACAGACGCCCGUCACCAACCGGCUCAGCGUGUUCCAGUCUCCAGACGAAGAAGAGGAAGACGACUAUGAGCAGUGGCUGGAGAUCAAAAUUUGUCCCCCAGAGGACAUGAGGACCCGCCGCGUCGUGGAGAAGCUGGCCCGGGUAGUGGCCGAAGGCGGCCCGGAUCUGGAGAAGGUUGCGCUGGAGGACUGCAAGGAUAACCCGGCAUUUGCGUUUCUGCAUGAUAAGAACAGCCCAGAGUUUCUGUACUAUAGAAAGAAACUGGCAGAGAUGUGGAAGAAGGGCCAAGACCCAGAGGAGACCUGCACUCGGAAAGUUUCACCCCCAGAGGACGAAGAGAUCAAGGACUGUGCCGAGAAGCUGGCCAGGUUCGUGGCGGAUGGGGGCCCCGUGGUGGAAAUGGUGGCCCUGAAGAAUCACCGGGAGAACCAGUCCUUCAGGUUUCUGUACGAGCCCAACAGCUCCGGCUACAAGUAUUACCGGCAGAAGCUGGAGGAGUACCGCAAAGCCAACGACGAUGCCGAGGGCGUGCCGCCCAUCCCGGAAGCGGCUCCCAAGCGCAAAGCCCCUCCCGAAGGGGCGCCCCCCUCCUCGUCCUCCACGGCGGUGGCGGCAUCGGGGUCACCACCCGCAGCAGCGGCAGCCAAACAGGCGGCGGCGUCCGCCGCAAAAAAGAAACGGAAAAGCCGGUGGGGCCCAGAGGAGGAGAAAGUGGAUUUGCCGCCUCCAGAGCUUGCUCAGCAGACGGAGGACCCCUCGCCCACCCCGUUGUCAGUUCCACAGUUUAAACGGGUGGCCAUUGCCCCGGCUUGUGGCCGCUCCUUCUUGACCCUUAGCCUGGCUCUUUCCCUGCCCACCCAGAUGCAGCAAAUGUACAACAUGAUCAUGAAGCACAAGCAGGCGAUGCAGGAGAUGCAGAUCAUGUGGGAGAAGACGGUCAAAGACCACCAGUCCGGCUACGACAGUGACGAGGAGGUGGACACGGAGCUGGGCACCUGGGAGCACCAGCUGAGGCGGAUGGAGAUGGACAAGACGCGAGAGUGGGCCGAGCAGCUGACUCAGAUGGGACGGGGGAAGCAUUUCAUCGGAGACUUCCUGCCGCCUGAUGAACUGGAGAAGUUCAUGGAGACGUUCAAAGCCCUGAAGGAAGGCCGCGAGCCCGAUUACUCGGAAUACAAGGAGUUCAAGUUGACGGUGGAAAACAUCGGCUACCAGAUGCUCAUGAAGAUGGGCUGGAAGGAAGGCGACGGCCUGGGAACGGAGGGUCAGGGCAUCAAGGCACCUGUCAACAAGGGAAUGACAGCAGUGGACGGAGCAGGAUUUGGGAUCGACCGCCCCGCCGAGUUGUCCAAGGAGGACGACGAGUACGAGGCGUUCCGCAAGAGGAUGAUGUUGGCCUACAGAUUCCGGCCCAACCCACUGAACAAUCCCAGGCGUCCCUAUUAUUGACUUGGCCGUGUGCUGCUUCCCGCCUGCCACAGACAACGUGGCAGUUUGUUUAUUGUGAGAAGUUUUUAAAACCAGCGUCUCCUUCCAUCCUUUCUCUCUCUCUCUCUCUCUCUCUCUCUUUUGGUUGGUUCGUUCGUUUGAAAGUAUUCUGUUUUUUUAAAAUUCGAGCCUCCAUGCGUUCAUCUCUCCCGAGAGCGUCGGACCGGUUCGUUACCACUCCUUGGCUUUUGUUCGUUGGUUUCGUGACCUUACCCCGAGUUUGAGGAGGAGCAGAACAGAACCAGAACUUUGGAAAAAGAACCCCAAAUGCAAAGUCAUUUGUGGGACUUAUGGACGGACGGGCGGGGGGGGGGGGGGCGUUCAGCUGUCGAUUAAGUAAGACGAAACGCUUCGCCUUACUCGCUUUUCACUUUGCAUUUUCUAAACAAACGAAGCGUCCUUUUCUCUUUCCGUAUGCUCCUGACCUGGGUUGGCCGCGGGGAGCGGGUGUGUGUACAGGUGUCGCUGCUGUUGUAUAUAUUGUGCCAAUCGGAAGUGGGACAUGGGGUGUGUUGACUUCGGGGAGAUGGGGUGGGAAGAUGAAGAAGCUGACCCCAGCCCAUGGCGAGGUUGUCGCUGGGUUCCUUUGCUCCCAAACAAUAGCAAUGUUGUCGCCGGGUUCCUUUUCUCCCAAGCAGUGGCGACAUUGUCACUGGGUUCCUUUCCUCCCAAACCAUAGCGACAUUGUCACCAGGUUCCUUUUCUCCCAAACCAUAGCGACAUUGUCACCAGGUUCCUUUUCUCCCACGCAGUAGCGAGAUUGUCACCUGGUUCCUUUGCUCCCAAACAAUAGCAAUGUUGUUGCCGGACUCCUUUCCUUCCCAAACUCUAAUGGUGAUGGAGGACAUAGGGGUGACGCUCCCAGGGUCUGCCGCCGCCCCAUUUAAGUGCUCCUGGUACGGCAUAACUUCCCACCCAACUCUGGAAUAGGCAGCGAGAGAGUCCGGAAUAAUCCCUCCAGGUCUUUCUCCUUACUCCCUAGUCUUCAAAAAAGGGUUGGAAAUUCACUUCCUCGUUCCUCCCAAGUAUGAGAGGAAAGCAAAUCUCCUUGAUUCCCACUAAAGGAUUCUGGCAAGCAUCCGGGUUUGCCCCGAAAGAGGGAUGUUUUGGGAAAGGCGAGGAACAGGGGAAGAACUCCUUCCGGAAACGUGACCCAGGAAAUAAACGUCAACUUCCUCCUUGCACGAUGCGCCUCGGUUCGUACCCCUCUCCUCUUUCUUUCCCGCCCUCCCAACACCAAAAGAAACACACACACACAAAGACUUGUACCACUUCUUAUUAUGUUUGGAUGCAUUUUGGGGUGGUGUGUUUGUUUUUCGUUUCAUUUCGUUACUCUUUAAUGACGAGCGGUAGUGUUGAUGCGUUUUGGCUCUCGGCAAACCAUUGAAUAAAAUGACGCAAACGUC